GCGGACAUCAUUCAACGGACUCGCAUGCAACUGACUAACAACAUUUGGCACGCCUUGAUCUGUCAUGCCUCUUGUCUGGCAUGCAAGCUUGGCUUUGAGGUUGAUGGGCCAGCGGCUGGAGAGAGAGAGAGAGCGGCUGGAAAGAGAAACUUAGGCCAAGCCAAGUCGGUCAUGGGCGAUGAAAUGGUCAGCCGCACGUCCUCCAUAGUCGAUAGCAAAUCUAAAAGAAUUAGAACUCAUCUAAUCCCUGCAUCCCUUCAAAGUAAAGUAGAUUGCUUACCAAAUCAAUGCUUGGCCUUUGAUGUUGGGGCCAAACAAUGCUUGUCUCCUAAAAGAGUGGAGUUUGAAGGCAUCCCUCCAUUUGCUAUCUCUCCAUCGGCCAGGGAUAAUUUCAGAAUGCGCAAUGUUUAA